AUGAAGUACUCGGAGAUCGUCGCUCUUUCGGCCCUGGUGGCCUCCGCUGCUGCCAGGCCCGGCCUCCACAGCAGCCCCCUCACCCGUCUUCACGCUCGGGACAUGAAGAUGCGCCGUGAGGUACCCCAAGAGCAGUCCCACCGCAAAUUCCUGCUCAAGACCCAGGAGAUGCUCCAACUCGACAACCCUGAUGAGAUCCAAGACCCCGUCUUCGGCCUCCUCGGCAACGAGGCUGCCGCUGACGGCAUUGGCUUGAUUGAGGACGCAGACUGCCUUCAACAAGCCACCGCCGACCAGGCCUUCACCAAUGCUGUUGCUGCUGGUGAUCUCGAUGGUCAAAUUGCCGCCCUGACCUAUCGCGCUCUUGAGCGCAACACUGGCUCCGUUGGCCUGGCCUCGGUUGCCUGCACCGCCAUCGAGGCUGUGAACCCUGAAAUUGCCAUCCUACAGCAGCACCAGGACCCUGCCUCCGAUGGCGCCGCCGAGAUCAACAAAGAGAUCACUCUUAACUUGGCUGCUGAGAUCGCCAAGCUCGGUGGUGACCCGCUCCUAGCCCUCGAGUCCGGCACCUUUGAGCCUGGCGAGCUCGGCGACGAGACCGGCGCCGGCAACACCUGCAACGACGAGACCGAUGACGAAGGCUGCAUCUUCACCGAGGGCCUCCUUGUGGCGGAUGCCUCCGAAGAGGAGAUUCUCGCGGCUGUCGCUGGUCAGGAUGCAGCGGUGGUAGAGCAAGAAGCUGCGAAUGCUACGCUGGUCAACGCUGCCGAAGUCGACAAGAACGAGGACAAGGACGACAAGAAUGGCAACGGGCGCGGCAACGGACGGGGCAACGGACGGGGUAACAGGAACAACAACAAGGAUCUGGACGAGAAGAAGGUUGGCCUCAACAACGCCCAGGCCCAGAAGUUCAAGGACCAGGCUAUUCAGGGCAUCAACCUCAACGACAUCAACCUCCAGGCCAACGCCUUCAUCAACCAGCAGUUCUUUUUGGACCAAGCCCUCUUCCAGCAACAACUGAUCCAGCUCCAGCAGAUUGACGCCAUCCUGCUCGCUCAACAACAGGCCCAGCUCUUCAACAUCCUGUUCCAGAACGCGUGGCAGCAGAUCGCCAUCCAGCAGUUCAUCCUCCAGCAGCAGAUCCAGCAACAGCUCAUCAACCAACAGGUCUUCCUGCAGCAGCAAUUCGCCUUCCAGCAGCAGAUUGUCGGCAACGUCGUGCAGGUCGUGUCCCAGCGUGUCGACAUCAUCAGCCAGAAUGUCAACGUCGUCAACCUCGGCGGCUUCGACAUCUUCCAGCAACAAUUUGUCCAGCAGAUCGGCGGCCUCGACAGCCUGCAGCAGCUCCUCAACAUCGGCGGUGGCUUCGACAUCUUCGGCCAAAACAUCGAGUUGCAACAGCUCUUCGGUGGCGCGAACCAACUGCAGCAGCUGGUCAGCUUCUUCUAG